AGUUCCAGUGGCAGGGGGUCAGUGUAAAACGGCCUUCUGUCCGUAACGUGUCGAACGUCGUUGAUACAAGCGAGUCAGUUCCUCCGUCGUAGUGGCAUUACUACGAGUCGUUUUCAAUCACGUUUGCCGGACAGGGACGUUGCCAGGGAUCGUUUCGUCGUUCGGUAACACGACAGACUGUGUGUCGAGAAACAUCGGUGGCUCAUCGUCGAUAGAAACACGCUGACUCGCAGUAGUACGAGAGAGUAGAGAAAAAGGUAAAUCGAUGAGAUUAUCGUGGCUGUUGAUGGCCGCCACGGUCGUCGGCUAGAGGCCGUUUAACGAAGUUUCGAGCCGCCAGCGCGAUAACACAGACCGUACCCGAUGAGUGUUAGACUGGCAGGCGGACACAUGGUGAAGCAGAGGAGGUUCAUCGGCAACACGAACAACAAGAUGAUCAACAUACGAGAAUAUUUAUAGGUUUUUUUAGGUUGAAAUCGUGCGGAGAAACGAGUUGGAUAUAUCCUGUGUGUAUGCGUAUGCGUCGAAACGAGGAGCGAACACGGCUGAUCGUUCUCUGCGUGCCGCUGAUAGGAAGAGUUUACACGGCCCUCUCAACCGGUCGCGACUUUCGACAGCCGAUGAAAUUGCAAAAUCGCCGCCUAGACGUCCGGGGUGAAAACGUAAAAUAAACGAUAGAUAUCAGAGGACGACAGAGACGUUUAGUUAUGAUCAGCCGCUGCGACAACGACCCGGUUUCCUUUUUACGUAACCCUCGCGAGAUGCCUGAUUUUCACGCGCAGGUCCGAUUUAUCGAGCGUUCGCACGAGGAACGAAUUUGAAAAGGCUCGCAGAGUGCAGUUUAAAGAGACGCGUUAAAGAGCACAGCUUUGGAGGAGAGAACAGAGAAGGAAAGGACCAGAAAACCCAGAGGGGAAACAUGAGUUCUCUGUAGUACGCGCCAAAUGUAGGAGGAGAUCGCGAUCGAUAGAGAGCCGAUGCAAGCGUGUGCUCGUUCACGUAUCCGCUGUGCCGGAGCGAGUUCGUGCUUCGUUAGACAAGGUUUUUUUUUUUCUUCUUAGGUUCCCAGCGAUUCUAGUAUUUUCCAAGAGAGAGAUGGAGGACAAGCCAAAGUAAACCAGUGAUAUUUUUUUAUGCAGUAUUUUUCUUCCAUUAUUGCGAAUGAGAUGAUAAAGCGAUAAAGAGAAAGAGAAAGAGAAAGUGUCCAACGAGUCGUAUAUCAGUUGUCUGUAAAAAAAAAAAAAAAAAGAAAUUACAAAAGAGAGGAUCAAGGAUAUAUUCGAGGAGACAGAAACAAACGAAAGAGACUUUUCUCCACGACUCUCCAGCGCCGAUAUCGGCAGGUUUCCUACAAAAUGAGUUGUUAAUUAAGAAUGCGCGAUGACACGGCGAAUUUGUCAGUGGACAGCAAGCCCGCGCGAGAAGGCGCAGGGUAUGGAAAUGGAACCCCAAAAAACAAACUCUCACCGCCAGGAAAAAAUAUUCUUGAAGUACACGCUCAAAGACGCAGAGAAGGAUAAAGAGGAAACUGAGUAUAUGCUACAAGAGAAUGGCGAUCCAAUUGAGUUCGUGCCACCACAAACGAAGGAGGAGGAGAAACCCGCCACGCCGGAACAAUCCUUGCCACCAGUGCCUUACUUCAAACUCUUUCGAUUUGCAACAUUCGGGGAGCUGAUGCUGAUCAUCGGCGGCCUGAUCAUGGGAACCCUGACCGGCCUGUGCAUCCCCAUUUCGACGAUACAGUACGGCGAGUUCACCACGCUGCUGGUGGACCGCAACUUGGAGAACCAGACGAGCACGCCGACGCUCAUACUGAAGUGGUUCGGAGGAGGAGAGGUCUUGGGACCGGAAGCGUCGUACGAAGAGAGGAUGAACGCGCUGUACGACGACUCGGUCGCGUUUGGCGUGUCCUCCGCGGCGUUGUCCACCUUCCAGUUCUUCUUCGCCGUGUUCACGGUCGACCUGCUGAACAUCGCUGCCUCCAGGCAGAUCGUUCGGGUCCGCAAGAUGUUCCUGCGCGCCGUUCUCAGACAGGACAUGACGUGGUACGACAUCAACACAUCGACCAACUUCGCCAGCAGGAUGACCGAGGACCUGGACAAGAUGAAGGACGGCAUAGGAGAGAAACUGGGCGUGUUCACGUACUUGAUGAUCUCCUUCGUCUCUUCUAUCAUCAUAUCGUUCGUGUACGGCUGGAAGUUAACGCUUGUGGUGCUGAGUUGCGCGCCAAUCAUCGUGAUAGCCACCGCGGUAGUGGCGAAAGUUCAGAGCUCCCUGACAGCUCAGGAGUUGAACGCUUACGGGAGAGCCGGGACCGUGGCCGAGGAAGUGUUGGGCGCCAUCAGGACCGUGAUUGCGUUCAACGGCGAGCAGAAGGAAGUGGAUAGAUACGCGGAGAAGCUGAUACCAGCCGAAAAGACCGGAAUAAGACGUGGAAUGUGGUCGGGCGUCGGCGGUGGCGUGAUGUGGUUCAUCAUAUACAUCAGCUACGCGGUGGCGUUUUGGUACGGGGUUCAGUUGAUCCUGGACGACAGGCCGAAGGAGGUGAAGGAGUAUACCCCGGCAGUGUUGGUGAUCGUGUUCUUCGGCGUGCUGGCUGGAGCGCAGAACAUGGGUCUGACAUCGCCGCAUCUCGAGGCGUUCGCGGUGGCGCGCGGCUCGGCCGCAGCGAUUUUCCAGGUGCUCGAUCGCAUUCCAGCGAUCGAUAGCUUGAGCAACGACGGCCAGAAGCUCCCCUCCGUCACCGGCGAGAUCGAGUUCAAGAACGUGCACUUCCAGUAUCCAGCACGAAAGGACGUGAAGGUGUUGCAGGGCUUGAACUUGAAGAUCAAUCGGGGCGAGACGGUGGCGCUGGUCGGUGGAUCCGGCUGUGGCAAAUCUACCUGCCUUCAGCUGAUCCAACGUCUCUACGAUCCUUCGAAGGGACAGGUCCUGCUGGACGGAGUGGAAGUGUCGAAGCUGAACGUCCAGUGGCUACGCUCGCACAUAGGCGUGGUCGGCCAGGAGCCGGUGCUCUUUGACACAACGAUACGGGAGAAUAUCCGGUACGGAAAUGACAGCAUUACCGAGGAGGAGAUGAUCAAAGCCGCGAAGGAAGCGAAUGCUCACGACUUCAUCAGUAAACUGCCCGAGGCGUACGACAGUCCCGUUGGCGAGAGAGGAUCGCAACUGUCCGGUGGACAGAAGCAGAGGAUCGCGAUCGCUCGGGCUUUGGUCAGACGACCGGCCAUACUUUUGCUGGACGAAGCGACGUCCGCUUUGGAUCUUCAUAGCGAGGCCACUGUGCAGAGAGCUUUGGACGCGGCGUCAAAGGGCAGGACGACGAUCGUUGUCACUCACCGACUGUCGACAAUUACCAAUGCCGAUAGGAUAGUGUUUAUAAAGGAAGGCCAGGUGGUUGAACAGGGCACGCAUGAGGAACUACUCGCCCUUGGGAAUCAUUACUACGGAUUGGUCUCUGCCGACGCCAGUGCCACUGCCAGAGCGAAAGCGACGGCCUCGGCGGCAAAGACAGUGACCGCAGCCAUACCGAAGCAGCAGAAGCCACCGUUGAAGAGGCAAUUCUCCACACUGUCGAUGCACUCUCAUCGGCUGUCGUUAGCUGGCGCAUCGGAGAGCUCGGUGAACCAACUGGAAGAACACGAGAAGCCGUACGACGCACCAAUGAUGAGGAUAUUCGCUCUCAAUAAACCGGAAUGGCCUUACAAUAUAAUCGGAUGUCUAGCGGCAGCAAUCGUGGGCGCCUCGUUCCCAGCGUUCGCCGUUCUAUUCGGCGAGGUGUACUACGUGCUGGGUCUCCAAGACGACGAGGAGGUACGCCGCGAGACCGUCAACUUCUCCAUUCUGUUCCUGAUAGUCGGCGUGGUCACCGGACUGGGCACCUUCCUGCAGAUGUACAUGUUCGGCCUGGCGGGCGUGCGUAUGACCACGAGGAUCAGGAAGAUGACGUUCGCGGCGAUGCUGCGGCAGGAGAUGGGCUGGUACGACGAGGACACGAACAGCGUGGGCGCGUUGUGCGCCAGGCUGUCCUCGGACGCCGGCGCCGUGCAAGGCGCGACAGGCACGCGUGUCGGCGCGAUCCUUCAGGCACUGUCCACCUUGGUCCUCGGGAUCGGAUUGUCCAUGUAUUACACCUGGAAGAUGACGUUGGUCUCCGUGGUCUCGAUACCUCUGGUGUUGGCCGCGGUGUUCUUCGAGGCGAGGGUGAUGAGCGGCCAAGGUUUGCAAGAGAAGAAGAAGAUGGAGGCAGCGACGAGGAUCGCCAUAGAGGCGAUCUCCAACAUUCGUACGGUGGCCAGCCUCGGGAAGGAGGAGGCAUUCUUGGAGCGUUACUGCGUGGAGCUGGAACACGUGGCGAAGGCGACGAGGAUCAGGAACAGACUGCGAGGACUGGUGUUCUCGUGCGGCCAGACAACGCCGUUCUUCGGCUACGCUCUGAGUCUCUAUUACGGCGGCGCGUUGGUGGCUAGGGAGGGGUUGAGCUAUCAGAACGUGAUCAAAGUGUCGGAGGCGUUGAUCUUCGGGUCUUGGAUGCUGGGCCAGGCCUUAGCCUUCGCGCCUAAUUUCAACACCGCUAAGAUCUCUGCCGGAAGGAUAUUCAAGCUCUUGGACAGAGUGCCAGAGAUCACCUCGCCGCCGGAUUCGGAAGACAAAGAUCUGGAUUGGAAAGCGGACGGCCUCAUUCAAUUCUCGAAAGUCGAGUUCCACUACCCGACGAGGCCCGAAAUGCAAAUUCUGCAAGGUUUAAAUUUGAUCGUGAAACCGGGUCAGAUGGUUGCGUUGGUGGGGCAAAGCGGAUGCGGCAAAUCCACGUGCAUCCAAUUGUUGCAACGACUGUACGAUCCGAUUUCUGGCACGGUGACGAUGGACAGGCGCGACAUCUCGUCGGUCUCGUUGCGCAACCUGAGGUCUCAGCUGGGCGUCGUCGGCCAGGAACCGGUGCUCUUCGACAGAACGAUCGCCGAGAACAUUGCCUACGGCGACAACUUCCGGAUAGUGCGGAUGGAGGAGAUCAUAGAGGCCGCCAAGAAAUCCAACAUACACAGCUUCGUCAGCUCUCUACCACUAGGAUACGAUACUAGGUUAGGCUCCAAGGGAACACAGCUGUCCGGAGGACAGAAGCAACGUAUCGCGAUUGCGCGCGCCUUGGUCAGGAAUCCUCGAAUCCUACUUCUGGACGAGGCCACGUCAGCCCUCGACACCCAGAGCGAGAAGGUGGUGCAAGCGGCGCUGGACAAGGCUAUGGAGGGCAGGACGUGCAUCACCAUAGCGCAUCGUUUGGCCACCAUAAGGAACGCCGACGUGAUCUGCGUGCUGGAGAAGGGGACCGUCGCGGAGAUGGGCACUCACGACGACCUGAUAUCGGCGGACGGGCUUUACGCUCAUCUGCACGCCCUUCAAGAAGCCGCGAUGGAGUAAAGGCAUAGCGUCGAGCCGCGUCUCAUCGACGCUUCCAUCGGGGCACACGGAACGCGGGGGGCAGCCAGCAAGAAAAAUGGAUGAACUCCUCCAGCGAGCGAACAAACAGAAAAAAAAACAAAAAAAAAAAAAGAAAAAAAAACUAGCGAAACAGAAUUCCUCGUUUCGGCCUCGUCGAAAUCGAACGCUCGAGAGAAAGGGAGCUAAGCUAUCGGAGCUCGAAUUUCUUGAAUUAUCGUGCUUUCUUCUUCAUCUUCCCAGCUGACCCUUGACUUUAUCGUAGGCUUUCAACGAUAGUCCUCUCGCGUACUUUUCAACCCCCCUCUAGCGCGCCUUCUGCUAGAAAUCAGUUUUACAACAACUAGGUUUUCAUCAGUUGACAGGAGGAACGCGAGAAAGAAGAGGAUCAACUUUUUUUUUUUUUUUUUUUUUUGGUAUCACGUAGCUUUCUUGGAACACUCGCGUUUUCACUUGGUGAAACACUCGUUCUUCCCCAUGCCGGCUCUCGCGACCAACUUCAGAGAGGAGACAACCACCGAUCCAGAGAACCUUCCACGAUCACGACCACCGUGCGUCACGUAUCGUUUUCGACGAUGAAACGCGCCGUUCUUGAUAAAACGCGUAACAGACACCAGGCCCUGCUAGUUCACCGAAACGACGUCUCUCUCUCUCUCGUACGAUUUCGUCCUCGUGCUUUCUUUUUUUUUUCUUUUUCACACGGCAGCGUUUACGACCAAGAGCUCGCGAGAUCGCACGGUAAACGGGAUCAUAGUCGUCGACCCGAGGCUUCUAGCCGGGAGAGAGAUUCCGAUAGGGUACGGGCACGUAGUCGCGAUCGGAUUUGGUGUGUAUGGUCUCGAACGACGCCCCCGAACGGCUCGUCGUUCGCCAGGAAUACCAAACUAGCCGUCGGCAGACACCGCGAAGACGUUUGUCGAACCCCGGGUUUAUAUUGAGACUGGAAUAUAAAUACGGAUUGAAAUCGUACGCGAAUCAGACGCGCGCAUUGAAUUAAGAGGAGAAUAUAUAUAUACACAUAUAGAAGAAUAUUUGGUCAACACCGAAAAAAAAAAAAAAAGAAAAAGAAAAAGGGACAAGCGUGAGGCGACAGAUGUUCCGAGAAACAAUGCCGCUUGCACGGCCGACGUUUUCAUCUUUGACGGCCAUCUUCGUAUCGGCCGUGUCUGAAUCGCGUGAAAAACGUUUGAACGCGUCGUCGCGACACGCUUCUCCGUUCUCUCUGGCGGCGUUCCUCGCGCGAAAACAAAGAGGGAGCGAGUUCCUCUCGCCCUUUUCGUCCUCUUCGGGGCCUAUGACGAAUUUAUCCGCGUAAGGAUAAAGCGAAUAGAAACGAAAUCGUUCAAUUCUCGUGCCUUAGCAGCAGCGUGCGCUAUGUGUUCAACUAAGAAGAAGAAGAAGAAGAAGAAGAAGAAGAAGAAGAAGAAGAAGAAGAAGAAGAAGAAGAAGAAGAAGAAGAAGUAGUGAUCGAAGAUGGGGGUAGAGAACGUGGUUUCGGGGUUUGAAUUCGAAAGACGAGCAGAAAGACGUCUGAAAAGAUAGGCUAGGAUCGAUCUAGGCUGAUUCGUAGAAUUUUUCGAAAGACUGGAUGAGUUUAAGGAAGGUAAGAAGGGGGGCGUAUCGUUUUUAUGGAGAGACGUGUCACGGAGGAGCCGUUUCACCCGAUGGUUGGACUUCCGUGCUAGAUACACUCGCGACAAAACACAUUUCCCGACAAUUGUGCCUUCGUACUUGAUAUACUGACAUAGCGAUAAGAAUACUACAGCGUCGACCGUCGUUGUUGACACUUGUUUCAGCUAAAUUAGCGCGACACGCGGCGCGACGACAAUUUUCCCCGAACUACUACUCGUUAACCCGAUAUUUUCCACUCGCGUGAAAAUUUUGCAAAUCGUCUCGAUCUCGAGCAUCGAAGUAAAGUUUCGUCUUUCGCGUGUUUGUACGAGAAUCUACGCGGUCGACGCAUUAGUACUUAAUUUCACCUCGAGUGAAGCGAUCGAAGAAGAAGACGGGGCGUACGGUAAGAUCGAGCCUCGUCGAACCGACGAUCGGACCGUGACGGUGCUUUAUUUAUCACAGCGACAAUACAAUGAGCGUAGCCGUAGAACGUAGCCAGAAGCAGAGCGUGUUUCGCGAUCGAAAUGCGCGUACCCACGUUUGCGAAUCGAGGGCACAUUCGUAUUCCAUUUUAUUCGGCGGAUUUCCGGCGGCGUUGUGCCCUUCCACUCGUGUACUUAUCCCGCGUGCCGCGAGCGGAUCGGUAGAGAGAACGAACAAGUACAAUCAGACCGGCGCGCGACGAUAAUCAAGUUUUAUCAAGGAGACUCGCGGAUUCCUAGGUGCACUUUCUCUUUCGUAUCGCGAUCGAUGGUGCUCGUUUCGUUGCGACGAAUCAUCAUGACGGAUUUGCUGUACCGAUCAAAAUUGAGCUUGGACUUUUGUAUCACGUACUUGUUACAUUAUACAGAUACAAUUCGGACAAUCGGGCACUGGACGGAGGAGGAGCGAAUGAAUCGAAUUUAGAAGCGAGAGUGAGAGUGAGAGUGAGAAAGAGAAGGAGAGAACGGUGCGCGAGAGAAAAAAAGGUAUUCAAAAAAUUGUUACUUAAGAUUUUAAGGUUGCGGCCAGCGUAACUUAAUGGGCAGUGAUUUUUUUUUUUUUAGAAACAAGGAAACACGCGAGACUCGUAGAAACGGCGAGAAAGAAAGCAGCGGCGUGAGUUUUCUCUCAGUUUUGUCUUCUCUCUUCUCUUUGAUUGUUCGUCCGUUCGUUUUCUUUUCUCGUGUAACGGAAGCGUGUCCAGUUGUAACUACACGAGCGACUUUUCUAGUUACAGUAUGACGACAAAGAGGAAGUAUUAAUAUUUUUCGUCUUUUAUUCCUUUUAUUUUUUUCUUUUCUUUUUCUUGUUACAAGAAGAGACGCAGCAGAUCGUACUGCCGUCAUAUACAAAAUAAAUGGAAACAUAGUGGAAAAAAA